UUACAAGGGUAAAUUCAAUUUUAUAAUUAACCCAAAACAAUAUAAUUUGGGCACCGGAAAAAGUACUCCUGGGCAGCUCAGCUAUUAAUCCUCCACCUUCAUGAACGAUUAACAUACUGAAAUUAAAAAAUGGCUGAAGAUUCGCAAAAACGAUUUCAAGAUGCCAUGGAUAAACUCUUUCGCACUCCUCCCAAAUCCAACUCCUCCAGUCCAUCUAGAGUUCAAUUGUCGAGAGGGAGGAAGCGGCCGGAUAUGUCAGUAAUAGGCAAAGGAGUUGGCAAGCAGAAUUUGUUGUUAGGUUCUAGUAAAGGUGGUUGUUCAGGGGAAGGUAAGGCGCCGUGUAGACCAUGGGACAGAGAUGAUUUGUUCAGAAGGAUGUCUACUUUUAAGUCUAUGACCUGGUUUGCUAAACCACAGGCAAUCAGUGCUGUUAACUGUGCUAGAAGGGGUUGGGUUAAUGUAGAUAUGGAUACCAUUGCCUGUGAAGCAUGUGGAUCACGAAUGCUCUUCUCUACUCCGCCAUCUUGGACACAACAACAAGUUGACAAAGCAGCCUCGGUGUUUAGCUUGAAGCUAGAUAGUGGACACAAGCUACUUUGCCCUUGGAUUGACAAUGCCUGUGAUGAAAAACUAGCAGAUUUUCCACCUACAGUUACUGCUGUGCUAGUUGAUCAGUAUAAAAUACGGCAUUCUGUUCUAUCACAGCUUGCUGCUCUUCCUGUGAUUUCAGCUAAGGCCAUUGAUUUCUUGAAAAACCCUCAGUUGGAACAAUUUCUACGAGAGUCUUUAACUGUGGAACUUGAUGGGUCCAUGCAAACUCCCCAACAAGAAGACACCAGAAAUGAAUCCACUUCAGCUUCUUCUCUGACAUAUUAUCAGGCACAAAAGCUCAUUAGUUUAUGUGGCUGGGAACUCCGCAGUCUUCCAUAUUUCGUUGACCCUAAGGAUCAGCCGAAUCAAUCUAGUAAGGAUGCCAAUAUCUCAGAUAAGUCUAUUUUGAGUGGAAAAAGUCAGACUAUUACUCCCUACAGUUCAUGUACUGAUAAGACUUCUGAGAAAAAGCCAGAUGAUGACAAUCAAGCUUCUGAAGAAGCAGUAAUCAAUCCAAAUUCUGUUGUUCUCGAUUGCAAGCUUUGUGGGGCUUGUAUUGGUCUAUGGGAUUUUUCCAUGGUUUCUCGUCCUUUGGAAUUUCUACGAGUAAGUGGAUACACACAGGUCAACAAUGACCAUAUCACCGGUGAUGGUAAAAGCCUUCUUUCAGGCAACAGUGAUCAUGAUGAGAGUAGAGAACGCAUUGGACAUGUUGCAACUUCUGCCAACACUAUGUUAGAUAGAGGACCACCAAAUUUCAACUUGACAAUUGCAGGUGGUCCUCCUCCAGCAAUGCAUAAUUAUAGGGCGAAAAUAUCUCUGCCUAUUAUUGGACGGAAUUUGAGAGCAUGGUUUAGUUCUGAAUCUGAGCAUAAGGAUGAUUUAGUAACCAAGUGCUCAUCUGAUCUAUCCAAAAACCCAGAGUGUCUUGCAGGAGAAAAUACUGCGGAAGGAACUUCACUGUCUACAUCGGAAGCGAUUACAGAAGCUCAACUGGAAAACAGCCAGGCUGCAGCACAAGAUUCUGGUAACAUUACUGAAAUGGCUGACAAUGCAGAAAGUCUGAACAAGGUUGAUCCAGCAGUCAUGGAUCAUUGCAAGGACAAGGUUGGUAAUGAUUUUGGAUUAAGUGGCAAGGAUAGUGUCACAAGUUGUGUAGGGGAAAGUGGUGAAAGCAGAGUGAUUGUUGAGGUUAACAAUUUUACACAAGGAGGGGAACAAGGCUACGGGAAUGGUGUUAAUAUGGCUGCAGUGCGUCCUCUUAUUCAUGACAUUUCACCUAGUCGAGGGAAGGAGUUGCAAAUUCUAUCCGCAGAUAAAGCUUUGGAGUUUGAUCCAUUCAAGUUGCACCGAUAUUUUUGCCCCUGGAUUGCAUCUAAUGGUGGCUCUCCACCAGGAUGGGAACAAACAUUAUCCGCUUUAGAUCGUCACGCUGAAUCUUCUCCUUUGUCAAGUUUUGCUCCAUCUUCCUUGAUUAAGGUGGGUGAUCCUGUUGCUUCAGUGCAAAAGCUUUUUACAUCUGUACAGCCCAAACGAAGGAAGCUUGUUCGUCCAAGUUAAUCCGGCAAAAUUAUCCAUGUGAUGGAGUACACCCCAUGGUUCAUGAGGAAAAAAGACUGACGGCGCGAUAAGAGUAUCGUCCAGGUGGAGACAGUUUCUGCAUCGUAUUGCCUAUAUGUUACCUGGAUGUUACAACCAUGUACUUUUGAAGAGUACUAUAGAGGAUGUGGCGCUGUUCUGGGCUUGUUGUAGUGGCUAAUUAGAAGACAUUGUUUGAUAUGAUUUCUCCAGAUCGAACAAGAGAAACUUUUGUGUAUGCUAUUAUUGAUUACUUGGAAGAGGGUUGUUAUGAGAAAGUAAACAAUGGGAAGACACCAUAAUUAAUCAACAUUGAUGUAAGCUUUCUGUUGAGAGGUACAAUUGCAUGAGGAAUUUGUUUUGUACA